AUGGCAACCUUUUACGACGAAGUUGAGAUAGAAGAUUUUGAAUAUGAUGAAGAAGAAGAGGCAUACUUUUACCCAUGUCCCUGCGGUGAUCGAUUCGUCAUUACCAAGUGGAUGUUAGAGCAAGGUGAAGAAAUAGCAGAGUGUCCGAGCUGCUCUCUGAAAUUGCGCGUUAUUUACGACCGAGAAAAAUUCGUCCGUCAUGAAAAGGUGUCCUUUGGUGGGGCCGCGCAGAUGGUCGAGAGCUAA